GGGACCUGGGCGGCGGGCAGCGACAGGUCGGGCCGCGGGCCCCGCCGCCGGCAUGACGGGCCGCGUGUGCCGCGGCUGCGGCGGCACCGACAUCGAGCUGGACGCGGCGCGCGGCGACGCCGUGUGCACCGGCUGCGGCUCGGUGCUCGAGGACAACAUCAUCGUGUCGGAGGUGCAGUUCGUGGAGAACAGCGGCGGCGGCUCCUCGGCCGUGGGCCAGUUCGUGUCGCUCGACGGUGCUGGCAAAACCCCCACCCUGGGUGGCGGCUUCCAUGUGAACCUGGGCAAGGAGUCAAGAGCACAGACCCUGCAGAACGGGCGGCGCCAAAUCCACCACCUGGGGAACCAGCUGCAGCUGAACCAGCACUGCCUGGACACUGCCUUCAACUUCUUCAAGAUGGCCGUGAGCAAGCAUCUGACCCGUGGCCGGAAGAUGGCCCACGUCAUCGCUGCCUGCCUCUACCUGGUCUGCCGCACCGAGGGCACACCGCACAUGCUCCUGGACCUCAGUGACCUGCUCCAGGUGAACGUGUACGUGCUGGGGAAGACGUUUCUUCUGUUGGCGAGAGAGCUCUGCAUCAACGCACCAGCCAUAGACCCCUGCCUGUACAUCCCGCGCUUUGCCCACCUGCUGGAGUUCGGGGAGAAGAACCACGAGGUGUCCAUGACUGCCCUGAGGCUGCUGCAGAGGAUGAAGAGGGACUGGAUGCACACGGGCCGCCGCCCCUCAGGCCUCUGUGGAGCAGCACUUCUAGUUGCAGCCAGAAUGCAUGAUUUCCGGAGAACUGUCAAAGAGGUCAUUAGCGUGGUCAAAGUGUGUGAGUCCACGCUUCGCAAGAGGCUCACAGAAUUUGAAGACACCCCCACCAGUCAGCUGACCAUUGACGAGUUUAUGAAGAUCGACCUGGAGGAGGAAUGUGACCCUCCCUCGUACACGGCCGGACAGAGAAAGCUGCGGAUGAAGCAGCUUGAACAAGUCCUGUCAAAAAAGCUGGAGGAAGUUGAAGGUGAAAUAUCCAGUUACCAGGAUGCAAUUGAGAUUGAACUGGAAAACAGCCGGCCAAAGGCAAAGGGGACCCUCGCCAGCCUGACAAAAGAUGGCCCCACCGAGGACACCACAUCCAGCUUAUUUGGCGAGGAGGACGCUGAGGAUGAGGAGCUGGAGGCUGCUGCUAGCCACCUGAACAAGGACUUUUACCGGGAGUUCCUUGGCGACGGCAGCACUCCCGGCAGCUCGGAAGCAGCAGAAGGCCCCGAGGGAGGCGGCAGGCCCCCGGCCCUGGAGUCCCUGCUUGGCCCCCUGCCUACAGCAGCCAGCCUGGGCAUCUCAGACUCCAUCCGCGAGUGCAUCUCCUCCCAGAGCCGGGACCCCACAGAUGCUUUGGGAGAUGGGGAGCUGGACCUCAGCGGCAUUGAUGACCUUGAGAUCGACAGAUAUAUCCUGGAUGAAGCGGAAGCCCGUGUGAAGGCUGAGCUGUGGAUGAAGGAGAACGCAGAGUACCUGCGGGAGCAGAGGGAGAAAGAAGCGAGAAUAGCAAAGGAGAAGGAGCUCGGCAUCUACAAGGAGCACAAGCCCAAGAAGUCUUGCAAGCGACGGGAGCCGAUUCAGGCCAGCACAGCUGGGGAGGCCAUCGAGAAGAUGCUAGAGCAGAAGAAAAUCUCCAGCAAAAUCAACUAUAGUGUGCUCCGGGACCUCAACAGCACAGGUGGAGACAGCCCACAGAGGGAGGGCGUGCGGCCUGAGGCAAGAGGCAGCACCAGGAAGCUGUCUCGAAGAAGGACACCAGCCAGCAGGAACGGGGCUGACCCCGUGACCAGUGUGGGGAAAAGGUUGAGGCCCCUGGUGUCAACGCAGCUGGCUAAGAAGGCUGCCAUGGGAGAGGCCUUACUCCCGAGCACCCCUGCCCUCCCAGCUGGGCUCGUCAGGCCCGAGGCUGUCUUGGUGGAGAGUGGGCCUGUGUCAUACCACCCUGACGAGGAUGCAGAUGAGGAGGACCCUGACGAGGAGGAUGGAGAGCCCUGCGUCAGCGCCCUGCAGAUGCUGGGUGGCAGCGAUUACGGCUGUGAUGGUGAUGAUGAUGAUGGCUACUGAAGCUAACCUCAAGGCAGGCAGCGUCCUGGUGGCGACCCCAUGUGCAUCUCCCGAGGACCUGGGGCUGUGGCUCAGGGUGCAAGCCUGAGACUCAGUGACGAGCCGGCUGCUGCCCUUCUCGCUCUGUGGCCCUUGUCCCAUGCCACACGUGGCCUCUGUGGUGCUCACUGUUGGGAUCAUGCUCUGAGCAAUGUAACGAACACUUCUACCCAGCAAGGGAGACUGGACUGAAUGCAUCUGUCUGCUCAGAUGUGUGCCAGGGAGCGCCCAGCCUGCUGGUCACUGACCACCCAAGAACCCUCGGAGGCAGGCACCAUUGUGUGCCUAUUGUAAGGAAACUCAGGCAUGGGCCCCGCGGCUUGUCCAAGUGACUGGAUGGCUUACUGGGACCAGCCCUAUGGCUCCAGGACCCUGUUCUUUUUUUUUUUUUUUUUUAAAGAUGACCGGUAAGGGGAUCUUAACCCUUGACUUGGUGUUGUCAGCACCACACUCUACCAAGUGAGCUAACCGGCCAUCCCUAUAUAGGGAUCCGAACCCGCGGCCUUGGUGUUAUCAGCACCACACUCUCCCAAGUGAGCCACGGGCCAGGCCUCAGGACCCUGCUCUUGACCCUUUGGCCCGAGUGCCCUGUACCCCUCUCUUCCACACCAUUGUUCCCGCCAGAGCUUGGUGUUUGGGGGAGGUUAUGGUACUGGGCAGCAGGCACUUGGUGGGACCAGCCACUCUCCCAUAUUCGGUGGCCACAUGCUUCUAGAGCUGGCCCUCCACUCUAGCUGCAGGCCUUCAGCCAGAACCUGGCCUCCUCUGAGGUGUGCAGAGUCCCCACCACCUCCAGGACCCACUUGCUGCCACACAGUGUCUGGAGCAGCACAGGUGCCAGCCUCCUGCUCAGGGUCCUGGUGACACGUGGGGUCCCAGAGCCCUGGAGGCUGCCAGAUGCGGUUCUAAGUUGAGUCCUGCAGGGUGUCCUGGGCCCUGGGCCUGCCCCACUGUACGGAGGUCCAGAGCUGAGCCAGGGGGCCGUAGUCAGUGUCCAGGGUGGGAGGGCAGGCGGGGGCCCCGAGUGCCCCUGCAGCCCUGGCCCAUUCACUGUAAGGCCUCAUUACCCUGGACACGGCUCCAGGAGGAGCGCCUGGCCUAGCCCCACCCUGUCCCUUUGUGGGCAGUGUCUGCAAUGGCAGAGCCAUGCUGCACUACCCUCCCAGGCCCAGCCCUCAGCCUCCUGGUUGGUUGGGCUGGGUCCUUGUGGCUGUGUGCCUCUGGGCCUCUGCCUGGAGCGCCCUGUGGCCUGCCUAGAUCCUGGGCCUCUAGAAGGCUGUGGGAGAAGAGUGGAUCUAGUGAAACAGAAAGACCUGUCACUUAAGCAGAAA